AUGACCAGCCCAACAAUUAAGGCACUCCUCAUUACGGACCUCGAUGGAAAGCGCCUGUACAGUAAGUUCUACGACAAAAAUCCGUCCGUCCCUUUAGCAAAACAGAUUGACAUUGAAGAGCGCAUAUCAAAAUCCGUCGGGAUGAAAGGGAACAGCGAACUGUUUUUGUUAGACAAAUACGUUGUGAUAUACAAUACCGUCUCGGACCUGAUAAUCGCGGCACUUACAGACCCCAACGAAAACGAAUUAUUUGUGAACACGGGACUGAGUUGCAUUGUCGAUGCGUUCAACAUCAUAUUUAAAAAGGGAUUUGAUAAGAAAGUUGCCCUCGAGUUUUACGAUAAAGUGGCAAUCACCAUCGACGAAGUCAUUGACGACGGAAUCAUUCUUGAAGUCGACCCAGAAGCUGUCGCAAAUCGGGUUAAUUUCAAAAAUGUUGAGGGAAGCGAAUCGAGUUUUGCUGACGUAAGUCUCAGUGGAGCACUCAGUUAUGGAAAAGGUUAUUUACUCGGGCUUUGGAGGGGAAAGUAA